UUCCGAAGAUAGCUGAUUGUUUCUUGGGAAAAUAAGAUAAUAUAAUAUGUCUAUAGACCCAAAUUCCCAGCUUUUUAUUACAUACACUUUGCUUCAUAGCUGUCUUGAUAAAAAAUUAAUGGUUAUUUUGCGUGAUGGAAGAAAGCUAAUUGGGAUCCUAAGAUCAUUUGAUCAAUAUGCAAAUCUGGUUCUACAGGAGACGAUUGAACGUAUUUAUGUUGAUCAGGUGUAUGGUGAUAUUCCACGAGGAGUUUUUAUCGUAAGAGGAGAAAAUGUAGUUCUUGUUGGAGAAAUUGAUCAGAAUAAGAAGAGUGAUUUAAAUCUUAAGGAGGUAUCAGCAGUAGAAGCGUUUAAUAGACAAAAGAUACAAAAUGAAUUGCGGAAAGCUAAGGAAAAGGUACAAUGUAAGGUUCUGUAUCAGUUGGGUUUUAGUGUAGAUCAUUAUCAUGAUGAUAUGUUUUAAUAUAUGUUAAAUAUAAUGUAAUAAAGGGAAUAAAAUAUUAAACAU